AUGGCCUCAGGAAAUAUUCCGCCUGAGUACAGGACGUACUCCAACGCCGUCUACGCCAGCGUCGAAUCAACUGUCCCCCUCACAGACUAUCCAGGUUGGGAUGAACAAGACCACCCGCAACUGAACGAGCUACGCAGAUCUAACGCUAACCUUAAGCGCCGUAUCCGUCUCCUUCGCCUCCUUUCCCGCCUCGCUAGCCUUAUCCUUAGCAUCGCCGCCUUUAUCCCUAUCGCUAUGACCGUCCAUAAGUUCCUCACGACGCACAACGUCUACCGCGACGUCUUGCUUUCUAACGGCACGACUAUCCACCGCACCGCCUGGGCCGCGGACUCGAAAGUCUGGCCGACGUACAUGUACUUUGGCGUCGCCUUGAUAGCGCUCGUCCUGGAUGCCGGGAUCCUGGUUUUAUACCUACGGUCCGUUAAGACGGCUAAUGGGAUGGACAGUGUUGCUAGCGCGUUCAGCUGGGUGGUGCUUAUAGGGAACUUGGUGGUCUGGGCCGUUGCGGCGGGAAUAUAUAGGUAUGAGAAAGAUGGGGGGGACAGGCCGAAGGAUUUGUGGGGGUGGACUUGCGCCAGCGCUGCGGCGAGGAUCCAGGAUGUCUUUAGUGAGGAGGUGGAGUUUGAGAAGUUUUGUGGUGUGCAGUCGAUCUCUUGGGGUGCUGGAAUAGCGCAAGCGGCUGCGGGAUUCCUGUCGCUAGUCAUCUUCUUCUGGGCUGUUCGAAGGCGUCAGACGAAGAAGAACAUCAGGCGGAUAAGCCACAAGCUAACGGAUCAAUAUUGA